AUGAAGAGGGUUGAGAAUCAAGAUGAUAGACUUAUAACAUUUUCUAAACGCAAGUCUGGUAUCUACAAAAAGGCAAGUGAGCUUGCUACUCUCACUGGGGCUGAAAUUGCUUUCGUUGUUUUCUCACCGGCGGGUAAGCCAUUUUCCUUUGCUCAUCCUUCACUUGAAUCUGUUACUAAUCGCUUUCUUGGUGAUGAUCCACAAAAUAAUGAUAUCACUCAUCCUCUUGUGGAGGCACAUAAGCGAAUAAUAAUUAAUGAAUUAACUGUUAUGAGAAAUAAAAUGGCAAAUCAACUAGAUAUUGAAAAAACAAAGGGCCAAAAACUGAAGAAUAAGGUGGAAGAGAAUAAGAGCAUGGGUUGGUGGGAUACUCCUAUUGAAGAUCUUAACUAUCAAGAGCUUAUUCAACUCGAAAAUAAGUUCAGGGAAUUAUACAUGAGCUUGUGUAGCAAAGUCAUGGAGAUCAAUAAUGGCGUUUCGUCUUCUUCUUCUUCACAAGACCUGGAAACAAACAAUAUGUUUUCUUAG